AUGAUUCCUGCCAUCCUAUGCACCAGCCUUUUGCUUCUCGGUCUCGGCCAAGCAGCAACCGUUCCUCUUCCUCCAGGCACUGGGCCAUGCGGCGUCACGCUCAAGGCCAGUGAACUAGUCGACUGGUCUCGAACCAAUCCAUUCAAUCCAGAAGGGGGGAAACGUGCCCUCAUGGUCACGACCUUUACACCCGUCAACUGCGGGAGCGUGCUCUCUGAAUCCUACUUCCCGAAUGCAACAGCAGCAUAUGAAGAUGAAACAUUCCAGUCUUUCGGGCUACCUGCAGGAACGUUCGAGUCCUUUCGCAUCCAGGCACAGCAACAGCCACUCUCGUCUCGUAACAACGAAAGUUACCCAAUUGUGCUCUUUUCACCGGCCCUGGGUGUAUCAAGAUUGAUGUACACCUCGCUGCUUCAAGACAUUUCCAGUCACGGAUUUGCAGUCAUCUCCGUCGAUCAUCCGUAUGAUGCCAAUAUCGUGGAAUUUCCCGAUGGUAGUACGAUCAUCGGUGUCCUCGACAACACUACAACAGAUGCACAGUUCACUUGGGCAAUGAACGUUCGCGUCCAAGACAUGAUCUUUGUUUACAACCAAACCCACAACGAGACGGCGGUCAAUGAAAUAUUCCCCUUGUCACUAGACAAUCCACGCCUACUGUCUCUCGACCGCGUAUCAAUCACCGGCCAUUCCCUCGGCGGAGCGACAGCCGCACAGACAAUGUUGGUUGACAACCGAUUUGUCGGAGGCAUCAAUUUAGACGGUUCAUUCUGGGGAUCCGUCCUCAAAAAGGGACUGUCCAGCCCGUUCCUAAUGUUCAGUAAUGCCAACCACACUGCAGAAACAGAUCCUAGCUGGGGAACAUUCUGGUCGAACUUACGAGGAUGGAAAUUGGAACUACGACUCGCACAGUCUAAGCACUAUUCCUUUUCCGACUUACCGGUACUGGUGGAUUCUCUGAGUAUCUCUGACGAACUAAAAGAAAUUGCUCAGGAAACUUAUCUUGGAACGAUUGGCGCUUUGAGGGCUAAGAAUGUGGUUGUCUCAUACAUGGUUGCUGCGUUGCAGUAUUUUGCUUAUGGGCGCACGUCGGAUCUUCUGAGUGGCCCUUCUGCAGCAUAUCCGGACGUUACGUUUGUUCAUUCUGCCUAG